AUGCACAAUCUCUAUCUUGGAACUGCAAAGCAGAUGAUCAACAUUUGGCGUGAUUCCAAACUGAUCAGUGACAAGGAUUUUUUGACCAUGCAAGAACUUGCCAAUGGAGUUGUUGUACCUUCUGGGUAUGCUCGUAUUACAAAGAAAAUUGGUGAUGGAUUCUCAUUUAUGAAGGCUGACGAGUGGAAGUCGUGCAAGUGUAUCAAUGAUUUCGGCCUUGUUUAUGCGUUUUGGCUGUUUAGUUUUGAGCGUUAUAAUGGUUUGCUGAAAAACUUCGAGACAAAUCAGAAGGGUGGAUUCGAGUCAACAAUGAUGAAGCAAUUUCUUGAAAAAGCAUACAUCAGCAGCUAUAUCAGAGCCUUUUCAACCAGUCUUGACAAAUUUAUUAUUACUUUCCUACACAGCAUUUCCAACAGUCAACCUCAUUUGCCUUUGCAAUCUGAUAGCAGUGCUUUCAAGUUACCUCAGUUUGUCAAGUUUUCUUCAAACCCUCGCAAGUUAUCCUCAGGAUGGGAAUCUUUACCACCAGCAACAUUUCCAAUAAAGCUUGAGAAGAUGAUUACGAUGUGCAAGGAACAUUAUAAUUGUUUACUGGAAUUUUACCGUCACGUGUAUAACAGUCACAAUCUUUUUGCCCAUUACUCAGACCACCAUUCAAGCCAAAUCUUUGUGAACAACCGAAUUGAAAAAAUCAAGCGCAUAUCACUUCUUAGACAAGAAUAUUCCUCUGGUUCCUAUUUCCAAGCCUUUUUUCUUGAACACAAAGGCGAAGAUAUUUCAGCAUUCCCUGGCCACAUUCUCUACCUCUUUCAACAUAUCUUGAACAUCAAUGGCAAAGAUGUUGUUCAUACAUUUGCUUUUGUAGAAUGGUAUACGAGCUAUGCUUCAGGAAGUUAUCAACCAUUGAUGACAGAAAAGAUUGAGUUAUGGAAUGAGCCUUUAACCACUCUGAAAUAUGAUUGCAUUCUUCCAGUACAUUGUCUAUACUCACUAAUAGCAGUUGCUAGAUAUAAACUUAAUAUAACCAGUGACUUUAAACGUUUAGUAAUCCCUUUUCUUCAGAAAAUAGAAGCAUAA